AUGAAGAUACAGGUUGGUUGAUGACGCGAGAUUUUCCUUUGUGGUUGUUUCGUGGGCGACACCAUUGCUACCCAGCCGACUUGAAUUUGGGCACUCCUUUUAGUCAUAUAAAAUCUCCCCGUCAAGUCGGCCUGAUCCGUAAAAAAAAAAAAAUUAUUGAGUUUAUCGGUAAACUUUAACUAAGCAUGACAAUGUCUGCGAAUAUCCGCCAUAGACAACGAGCUGGGGACGUGAUUCGGAACUUGAAAGUGGAAUCAUUCGGGGGUCAACAGGUUCUGGUGACUGGGGGAGCUGGGUUCGUGGGCGUUCACCUCGGAAGGGCACUGCAUCUCCUGGGGUCAAAGGUCACGCUGUUUGACAAGGCCAAACCAUUGGAGGACUAUGACCCAGAUAUCAAGGUUGUCCAGGGUGACAUCAGGGAUCGAGAACUACUGGAGAAGUUGUGCGAAGGUGUUGACUGUGUGUUUCACAUAGCUUCCUAUGGGAUGUCUGGCAGGGAAAUGAUGAAAGCCUCGGACUUCAUCGAAAGCAUCAAUGUCGGUGGAACAGAAAACAUCGUAGAGGCCUGUAUCAAGCAGAAUGUACCAAGACUGGUUUACACAAGUACACACAACGUGGUCUUUGCUGGACAAGAUAUAGAGAAUGGAGAUGAGUCGUUACCACUGCUUCCACUGUCCGCGCACAAAGAUGAUUAUUCAAGAACAAAAUCAAUGGCCGAGCAGCUUGCAAUGAAAUCAAAUGGCAGGGAAACGAAAGAUGGGAGCAUUCUGAAUGUGUGUGUUAUCAGACCUGUAGCUAUCUAUGGUGCCGGAGAACAGAGACAUUUCCCCAGGAUAGUGAAAAAUAUGGAGCAGGGCCUUUUAUGUAUGAAGAUAGGAGGCUCCCACAUCAAGGUUCCAUGGGUUCACGUCGACAACCUGGUGAAUGGUCAUAUACUAGCAGCUGAAGGGUUAUCGAAUCACAAAGAACAUAUAGCAGCUGGUCAGGUGUACUUCAUAGCUGACAAGGCUCCUGUAAACCAGUUUGAGUUCCUCCGUCCGCUUAUAACCGGUCUAGGUUAUCGUUAUCCAUCUCUUAUUGUCCCUGUAUGGUUCAUGUACAUUGUAGCUCUGCUAAGUGAAUGGUUACAUACAAUCCUAAAACCAGUCAUCAAUUUUCAGCCCUUGAUGGUGAGAACAGAGCUGUUCCAGGUUGCAGUCACUCAUCAUUUCAGUAUAGAAAAAGCCAAGAAGCAGCUAGGGUACGAACCUGUUGAGCGAGAUCUCACCGAUAUGGUCCAGUACUUCCUCGAGCGCGGCCAUCGGAAGAAGUCAUCGUCGAUCGGAGCGUUCCUUUUUACCGUGAUUCUCGCUGUUCUAUUUGUGGUGCUGUUAAUGUCUCUUCUACCUCUAGCUGAGUGAUAUACAUGGAGUGUUGAACCUUGAACCCUGGUUACACCAGGGAGGUGUUAGAGAAGGAGUGGAAUCAAGCCGCUCUCCUUUGACCCCAUGCUCCAAGCCGCCGAAAAGUUAUGCGCAAAUCUGCAACUGUUGACCAGGUGGUGAGAUGAAAGAGCGCAUGGAUUACCAGGAUUUAGAAUUCCUACCUCACAUAAUGGUUUUUUUAGCAAAUGUCCGCUGUCCCUUUCGAUGAUUUCUCAUCUAUUGUUGAAUGUGUAAUGAGUUAAACAAGCGAACACAAACUUUUGUAAUUUCAUACUUUUGUUCAACUGCAAAAACAAAAAAAACAUGCAAAAGCAUGCAGUAGUAAACUUUAAAGUUAUCAAAGAUUGUAAAUCAUGGAUUAAGUGAUGGGGACAUUAAAACAUGCACAAAUAAUCGGAUUAUCCUAAAAUAUUGAGUUUUUGUCAGGAUCUAAUUUUUCUUUUCCCAACUCUGGCACACACCUCCCUGGUUACACCAACAAGACCAAUCCCAUGCCAAGGCUUUCCAUGGAAAUUCAUGGAAUGAUGGAAAAGAUUUGUUUCAUACAGGUGUCGGAUAAGAACAUUUUUGCAAUAAUUAUAUUUAGGGUGAAUGUAUGAUUGACAAUUUUCUUAAGGGAAAAUAUGUAUGUAAUUUUUUUUUUAGUACAGGGCAAAUGGAAGUGGACCUCGUAAGAUACGUCACACAGUUGCCAA